AUGGGCUCCAAAAUCACUGAAUUCCUGUUGCACGGAACAAACCAACUUCGCCAAUUGUUGGAAGCUGAGAUAAAGUGCCGGGAGACGAUAGCCAUUGCAUUUUCCGGCGGAGUGGACAGCCUUCUGAUGGGACAUCUCCUCGCCAUUAUUUUGGCAGAAGGGCAUGAAGUCGAUCUGAUCAAUGUGGCUUUUGGUGAGACGCCGAAGGAGUGUUCACAAGCCCCGGAUCGCCAGCGUGGAUUGGCGGGCAGCACAGCACGCAAAUUUGUUGUGGGAAGCGGCGCGGAUGAGUUGUGUGCGGGCUAUUCUCGACAUAAGCAUCGACUAGAAAAGGAGGGCGCCCCCGGUCUGCAAGACGAGUUAGAAAUGGAGCUGGUGCGCUAUGGGUGGCGGAAUGGCAGCAGGGAUGCCCGGGUAGCUCUCUACCACGGCCGACGUUUGGUGGCCCCAUUCCUGGGCACCGACCGAGCGGCAGCACUACGAAACUCUGGACGAGGGGAUACACCUAGCGAGUAUGAGGUU